AUGGCUGUCGACAGGGGCACUUUACUAUUUUUCAUAGUGAUGUUCAUCUUCCUUUCUCUACCGUCGGGUAAUGAGGAACCGCGGUCGGAUAUUGAAAGAGAAACGUUAGCAACAUUUCAAUCACAAGCAAGUCAGGCACUGCGCAUGUUAAAUAGUUCGGAAUAUUAUCUGGGCUAUGGGAAUAUCACUGGGUAUCAGCUUUCAUAUGACGAUUAUCUCAGUCAUAAAUCCGCGGCCGAUUGGCCCAUCCACAAGUACAGCAAGGAGCAUCCCUGGAUUGAAGAUCAAAAAUACUCGAUAUUGCCCAAUGAGGUGACUGAUAUCGUGAAGCAGUUCUGGGGGAACGAUAAAGUAGAGAUGAAUGAUGGCAGAGCUUAUAUGUUGAACAUAUCUGGCACUGCUCAUGGGGAAUUUAUACCCGCUGAAUCUCAUGUACAUCCAGUUAAUCAGAAAAUCCCAAAAUACUUGAAAAAGUAUUACAAAGAGAGGACAACCAAUGACGAUAUGGGUUUGGAUGAGUCAAACUCAGACAAGGACACAAAGAAGACGGAGAGUGGGCUAUCGAAAGUUGGAAAUAUAACUACACCAGGUUUGAUUUCAGUAGGUAUCACAGCGUUUCAAUACAAUUUUAAUGAACCUAAAUUUCAUGUGACAAACACGAGCGACCACGUUAAUGAUGCAGUUGUGGCUAGGAUUGAUUUGAACUUGAAAGAUUACUCGGAAAUCAAUGACUAUACGAUCGAAAUGGAUGCGGUAUAUUAUCAGAGUACUGGUGCGUUGGUUGCCACAUCAAACUCGGCCAAGUUUUAUGGAUCAUAUGGAUUGAGCCAUUUGACAAUGAAUGAGGGUAAUUUUGCAACAGCAAAGAAACUUAUGACCCAGUAUAACAAUAUGCGAGACGGUAAGUCAUUAUCUUUGGAUGACAUGAAUGGAGCAAUAUUGAAGGCGUUUGAUCAAUGUGAAAUGAUCACAUUUAUGCAAUUCAACAAGACUGGUUUCACUCAUGAUGAGUUACGGUAUAUCGAUGCGGAAUUGAAACAUCCGAGUGGGAAACCAUUGCCUGACACUUUGCCAAAAUUGUCGGUCAAAGAAUUUCUCAUUUAUUCGCCUAACUGUGGGAUCAUCUUGACUAACAAACCGAAUUCUUCGUUUUCCGGGGAAAGAGUUGAAGUCUGGUACAAACAAAUUAGGCAUUUGCUAACUGGACUUUUGGUAUUGGUUUCAAUCCAAUUGUAUCUCACAUUCAAUCAAGUAAAUGCUGCAAGAACACCGGGACAAUUGUCAGUUAUUUCAAGCAAGACGCUAUAUUUUUUUGGAUUCGAGGACUCACUAUUGGCUAUCAUUUCGUUGUUAUUGUCAACCAUCGCAACCGAUUUAUAUCUACUUCUUGCAUGUGUCGCAACUAUUGCAUUUAUCCUGUGUGGUGUGUUUGAAAUGCGGUUUUUGGUUAGUGUAUUGACGACACAAGCGAAUGAGCGUGGGACUACCUGGUGGGAAAUUAUGAGAGGAUCACGACAAGAAUCGUCACCAGCAACAACUCCUACUUCCGUGGAGGAGCCUGCCGAAGGCCCCCUUUUACCAUUGGCCAAUACACCCACUCAGCAGCAGCAGCAGCAACAGUCCCAAGAUCAAACACCAGAGCAGCAAAUGCAAACUGAACCCAAUACCGCGUGGCAAGAGACCUCCUAUAGCAAUUCGAUAUUUGCUUCCGGAUUUACGUUGUCCAUUGUUGCCAUGUUUCUCAUAUUUUCGUCUUUUGAUUGGAGACGCAAGUACAGAAUUAUAUUUGAAUACAUCAGCUUGAUCUUUAUCAAUUCGUACUGGGUGCCACAGUUUUUGCGAAACACUUUGAAGAACAGAAGGAACUCGUUUUCAUGGCAAUAUAUUAUUGGGAGCAGCAUUGUCAGAGUUGUACCCAUUUACUAUUUUGCAUUAUAUAAGGAGAACCCAUUGAGACACAGAUACGAUCCAUAUUUGUGCGUUGUUGUCACUAGCUGGGUUUUGAUACAAUUAGGGUUAUUGUUGCUACAGAAUAGACUCGGUGCAAGAUUUUGGAUUAAUGAAAAAUGGUUACCACAAGCUUAUGAUUAUCAUCGUGUGUUGUCGUUGAAGGAAUUAGAGGAAGGAGGAAUAUCCAGUGACUUAUUAGCAAGUUUCAAACAAAAGACCUCGUCGUCGUCGUCGUCGUCAACAACAACUACUGAGACUAACAAUGACCGACGCGCUGAGGAGUUUGUUGAUUGUGAAUGUACAUGUCCAAUUUGUAUGACCGAUGUUACGAUACCAAUAUUGGUGAAGGAUAAAGAUUUAAGCGAGGCAAAGAAAAAGAAUCUUCAUCAACAUUCAGGAGCUGCACAAAAGGAGUACAUGAUUACUCCAUGUCAACACAUUUUCCAUGCUGACUGCCUAGAGAGUUGGAUGAAGUAUAAGUUACAAUGUCCAGUCUGUCGAACUAGUUUACCGCCAAUUUAA